UUCACUCCCACCUCCUCUACCUCCCUCCACUGGAGUUAAAUGCUAGUAACACCGGCAGGUUAGCUAUUGUCGGUCUGUCAGCCAAAGAUAAAGUAUAAAGGCUUUGAUUUCACACCACAACCACACCGGGAGAGAUAACGGAAACGGCUCUAUGUGAUAUCCCCUGAUAACUUGAACUAACAACAAUUGCAAGGAGACAAGAGGACAAGGCCUAGUCAGACUACAUAAUCUUACUUGGACAGCAACACACUACUGCAGCAAACAGCAAGAGCAAGGACGACCAUCGAGUGACUAGCUAACAGACAGACUGACACUUGGACCAGCCAAGGCUUGACAUAAAUGGCUGACAAGCAGAUCAGUUUGCCUGCCAAAUUGAUCAAUGGGGGUGUCGCUGGCCUGAUUGGAGUGACCUGUGUGUUUCCCAUUGACCUGGCCAAGACUCGCUUGCAAAAUCAGCAAAAUGGAUCUCGCCUUUACACCAGCAUGUCAGAUUGCCUUAUUAAGACCAUCCGGUCAGAAGGUUAUUUUGGGAUGUACCGAGGAGCCGCGGUGAACUUAACACUAGUCACGCCAGAGAAAGCCAUCAAAUUGGCUGCCAACGACUUCUUCCGGCAUCACCUCUCCAAGGAUGGAAAACUCACUCUGCUCAAAGAGAUGCUGGCCGGGUGUGGGGCAGGUACAUGCCAGGUAAUUGUCACAACUCCUAUGGAGAUGUUGAAAAUCCAGCUCCAAGAUGCUGGACGAAUUGCGGCUCAGAGGAAGCUGAUGCCAGAGACGGUGCCAGCAGGUGCUGUGGAGACCAAGUCUCCAACAGCCAUGCAGCUCACCAGAGAAUUACUGAGGGAAAAGGGCAUUGCUGGGCUGUAUAAAGGCCUUGGUGCCACAUUGCUCAGGGAUGUUCCUUUCUCCAUCAUCUAUUUCCCCCUUUUUGCGAACCUGAAUAACCUGGGCAAAAAAGGUGCAGAUGGGCCUUCUCCUUUCUACGUGUCGUUUUUAUCAGGCUGCCUUGCGGGAAGCACAGCGGCUGUGGCAGUCAACCCUGUUGAUGUGAUAAAGACUAGACUGCAGUCCCUGAACCGAGGGAGCACAGAAGACACGUACAGCGGAGUGACUGACUGUAUCAGGAAAAUCAUGCGUAACGAAGGUCCAUCAGCCUUCCUGAAGGGAGCCUACUGCCGCGCCUUGGUCAUUGCACCUCUUUUUGGCAUCGCCCAGGUGAUCUACUUCCUGGGAGUGGGUGAAUUUAUCCUCAGCUUUUUGCCUAAAAAAGACAACUAAGAAGCACCUCCUUUUUGCCCCCCCCCCCCAUAAUGCAUCACACCACCUGUGUGAGGAUUCAUCUCAUUCUGAAAGAAAUCUUCGAUGGGUCAAGGCACGACCGAUCAGUACAUUUUGUUUUAAAUUUGUUAUGUUGAAUGUUGAAAUAGUGUCGGAGAGAGCCUUUGUUUGCCAAGCUGCCUGUGGUGGCACACAAAAUUCCAGUAGGCAUGCUCAGCUAGCUCUCUGGAAAUUAAGCCACACAUAUCAUUUUAAGUUUAAAGGAAUAUUGCUUUACAAUUACAUUUUAUUGCAGUUUUGAAUAUGAUUGUUGAGUUUCAAAGUUGGUGUAUUACCCUUGGUUGCUGCAGUUCUGCAAGCCCUGCAGUACCUAUGUUUCCAAACAGCAUUAGCCACUGAAUGACCACAGCGAUCUACUGAAAACUAUAAACCAUAACUAGCUGAAUGCACAUACUUUAUUUUACUCUAUUCAAAGAUUUCCACCAGACCUUAUGUCUUAAAAUGUAGUAUAUUUAGAAUUACAGCAAAAUAUAUGCCUCUGGUUCAGACAAAGAAUGGGAAUGUGUUGAUUUGAUACCAGCACACCCCCUAUGAUCUUUCCUGAGAAGCCACAUCCCUUCCUGUUAGUGGUUGUAAUGAACUCAGCCAUUCAGCGUCGAGCAGACUUUGGUUUCCUUGGAUUUUUAAAGAGAUCCAGUUCCAUCUGAUAUUUAGUGCUACAACAAUGGGUUUGACUGUUUUGCCUCUGUUAAACAUAUCUUGUGUUUCAUAGCACACACACUAGACUAAAAAGACGGUGUACAACCGAACUACACGUAUGCAUUGUUUAACCUCGACUUGACGUCAAGCGUGAUGUACUUUUGGCCACACCCCAAUCAGUGAUCUCUCACACGCAUGAUGGAAAACAGCUGCCAUGACAUCAGUGAUUGGAUUGUGGCUAAAAAUGUGCACUUUAAAAUUUCAGUCCAAAGAGAGCAGUGCAGCAUUGGCUUUCUGCCCUGCAUGAUUCCAUGUGGAUUCAGAUGAAAGCAUUAGCUUAAAACACUAAAUGGAUUGAAAGUAAUGUUAAUACAGUGCCAGAUUAUUAGUAGAUAUUCAGAAAUUAUGCUGACAAAUAAUCAGAAAUCACGUGCUGAGGUCUCACGAGUACAGUCAUCCACCCGUUCAAACCCUUUAGAUUUGAUUAUUAUUGUUUACAGAUGAGUUCACGCUCAAUUUAAAUUCUUUGUCCAAACUUGAAUUCAGUGGCAGGACCCAAAGAGCUAAUGAAAAACAUUUCUUUAUCAGAAGAUUUAACCAAUGGUUUCAGUGUUUUAUGAGUUUAACCAAACAUCUCUGCUUGUUUGCUUUAGAGGUUUUGUUUGCUUUAAGCUGCUUGGGAAAGCAGUAUCUUGUUUAUGCAUCACAACACUGAAGCCCUGCCAUUGGUUUAUCUCGCCGGAGAUCAAGGUGACUUUGAUGUGCAUUAUCCAAUCACAUUCCUUGCCCGCUCCCACUGUUCCAGCAGCUCAUCAAUUGUACUGUUGUACUGUAGAUGGGCAAUGCAACUUUUCAGUGUAUUAUCAUUUGUGGGAGUGAGAUCUAUUUAUCAAUAUUCCUUUCUAUAGGCGGUAUAGCACUAUAUAUUUCUAUGUGUUGUUUCUUCUGUGUCAAAGUAUCCACCUUAACUAUAUUGUACAUAUGCAGAUGAUAUGAACUUUUAUGUUUUAGGAUUUAUUGUUUGUUUUGUACAUGAUGGCUUAUUUGCACACCUACCUCUCCAGCUCCCCCCUCAAUCCAUAUUGUGGUGAUUUUAUGUUAUGAUGAUGACAUAUCAAAUGAAGGAACAUGUUUUAAUGCAGCAAACAUCAUUUGAACUAAAAUGGAGCAUAUUGAUGAGGGUUUUUUUUACUGUAUGCAAAGGGGAACACUAGUUUAGAGCUAGGAUGUUUAUUUGGAGGUGCAAUUUUUCCCGAGCUGUUGGUUAAGUUGGGUCAGCCUAUUGUCCUGUUUCCUACAGUUUUAUCAACUAGGACCAAAUGAAGCAUCAUAAAAUGAUGAUAGAAAUGUAGUCUUAAGUGAAUGACCUAUGGCACUACUUCUGGAAAUGAAAUAAGAUGAAAUACUGCCUGGACAAGGCCAAUAGGGACCUGCUGACAUCAGACUGUAAAUCUAACAUCUGUCUUUUUGAAUGGUGCUUCUUUCAUGCGGUAGCUGCAAUAUGACAGAACGAAACGAGUGACUGAAUCACAUGCUAGCAAAUCUCAGCGUUAUCAAUGUCUUAACUGAAAGCCAUAGGUCAGGGAGGGAGAGCAGAAGUGCUAGACAUCGGCUGGCACCUCCAGCCAUGUAGACAGAUGACAGCUGAGCCACAUGAAAACGGCAAAAAAGACAUGCCUACUCGUGUCAGCUCAUCUUUAUAAAUUACUGUUGUAGUUUUUUCAACAUUCCGAUUGCCAGUUUAUCUCAUACACGCCGUUAUUGUGAUCAUAAUGCCUAUUUUUCUGUUGUUGAGAUUACAUGGUUGUUUUUGACGCCCCUCCCCAACUCCUCCCUCGUUGUUUUCAGAUUUAUUUGAUCUGUUUUUUGUUUUUUUUGGUUGAAUCUUGAAAAAUGUUGUGCAAGUCAUUUUGUUUUACUCAGCUGUGAAUUUUCACUGACCUUGUGCAUUUGGUUAUGUAUGUUGCGUGUGUGUGUCUGACUGUAGUGCUGUAGUUGAUGUGUAGUUGUUAGUGUGACUAUGCGGUAUUUUUCUCUUUGAUUGUCAGACCCAUGCUCUCUCCCCUCUUUCCUUCUAUCUGUCACAGUCCUCUGCCAUGUACUCUCCCCAGCAUCCAGAGGUGGGGGUGCAGGUUAAUGCAGAGGAGCUGUAAAACACCAAAUGUAUAACAGUGAUAGUGUAUACAAUCAAAGAAAGCACAAAGGAUUAUUCGGCACAAGAUUGAUUAUACUCAGACAAAGUCCUUUUCAAAGUCUGAAUUAUUUCAGUGGAGCUGUUUAUUGAGAUUAACGUUGAUUGAGAAAGUUUAUCUAUGUCUGUAAAACUUCCACAGGCCUGAGAUGACAGGUCCCACAUGAUGGUGUCCACUAUGUCACCCAUCAGCAGUUAUCCACAAAAUGUAUAUCGCCUACUUAAUCUUAAUGAAUCAGAUAUAAGAAUGUAACUUAGAUAUUAUGAGAUGUAUUAUGAUUAUGGUGAGAGUUUAUUACAUUUUAAUGUUAGAUUUGUGCUUUACACAUUCACUGAAAAAAAAAUUCAUGAACCAGCUCACUGAUAUGCAAUAAGUAGAAGCCACACACAGAUACACUAGAAUAAAUAACAGACCCCCCCCCCCCCCCAGCACAACAAGUUAAUUACAACAUCACAUAACUUAUGAUGCAUCUGGGGACUUCGAAGUCCUUCUGGGGUCUGAGUUCCCUCCACAGCCUCUGUUGUCUUCCUCCAAGAGGAACUGUGCAUUACAGCACUAAAAGAAGAACCCCCACCCCACUGUCCAUCUACAAAGUCUCUCUAUGAAAAGGAGGGUGUUUAUGAAUAUGUGGAAAAAACAGAAUGAAAUAAAGUAUUGUGUUCCAAUUGCUGUUCAAUAAAAGUUCUGUCCUUAAA